GCGGUGCUAAUAGCCUUGUUAUACGCCAGGAUCGCGGGUUUCCGCCCCGAUGGACGAACUUGCGUACUGAAAGUCCACGGAAUGUAUACAUUACAUGUAUUGACGAGAAGUAGCAGUGAAACAGCCAGGGAUUGCCUGCACUAUAUCAUCAAUUGAUGCUGGGGCAAGUCAGGACGAGCCCCUGUAAACCCGAGAAGGGUAGUAACUUCCCAAAACAGCAGGUGGCGGUGACAAGUUAUGUCAUCGUUGAUACCACCGCCACGGUUACUGCCAGUAACUACCAUCUGCCUCUCGCACUUCCACACUCGACUUUUAACCACCUCCAGAUUCCAGCCUUCUCUCAUAUCGGUAGUGUUCCAUUACCCAGCCAGCAAGCCCUCGCCAGCAUGACAACCUUCGCUGCGCAGCCGUCGCCGUCCUACGACCCUUCCUCCACCUCCUCAGAAUCAUCCCACCUCAAAUACCUGCGCAAAUGCCUCGCGCUCGCCGAGAAAUCCCCUCCACGCCCUACAAAUUUUCGUGUCGGUGCUCUCCUCGUCCUUCGUCAUGACACACCAGAUGCGACGACCAACGACAAGCUACUAUCUACGGGAUACACACUCGAACUUCCAGGUAACACGCAUGCCGAACAAAGCUGUUUGAGGAACUACGCCGCCGCACACAAUGUCUUCGAAGAACAAGUAGCAGAUGCAUUCCCCCCAGAGAAUGAGCGCGAGGGCAGGAAAAUCAUAUUAUACGUGACUAUGGAACCGUGCGGGGUGAGGUUAAGUGGGAAUACGCCAUGCGUGCAACGGAUUAUCCAAACAAGACAGAACAACAACAAUAAUAUCCAGAAGAAUAACAAUGGAGGAAAUGGGAUAGACAAGGUUUAUUUCGGGGUCAAAGAGCCAGGCACAUUUGUGGGUGAGUCGCAGGGUUGUAAAAUGUUGACGGCGGCCGGUAUACAAUGGGAGUUUGUGCCGGGCCUGGAAAAUGAGAUCCUCGCCGUUGCGACAGCCGGGCACGAGCAACAGCAAAAGCGACAGGAGGUAGACGAGAGGGACAAGAAUAUAGACGAUAUCUCACAGGAAGAGAGGGAAAAACAGCCAAGGAAUCCGAAGAAGAGGAUGAUGGAUACUGAGCUGUACUAUUAUACAACAGUGUUUACACAAUAGUAUAUAUAUCGCAUGUCACGUGACCAUGACCGCUUUCACGAUCCGAGGAAUCGGACAAUCGCAUAGUCAAGCACGUUGAUUCCAUCAAACGUACUGUCUUAAUAUCAGUCGAACAACGGCAAUUUUGUCAAAAGAAAAAUGACCACAUGGCCGAAAAUGCCUCUGCCGCAAGCAACACCAACACUGUCAAUGAGAAUGCGAACAUACCCUUCUAUCCCGCGUUCUGUUUUCAGGCCUCACCCACGCAUUUCA